GUGUGCACGGGCCCUUUAAAUUGGACCUGGAAAAAGAGCUCGAGGUUGAGGGAGUGACUGCAUGCUGUCUAUACCGCAGAUGUGGUCAGACAUGCUGCUUCCAUCCAUACAUCCUCUCCUCCACCACCACCACCACCCACCCAUCCAUCCUUUGAUCCCCAGACUCGUACGCGCCUGCGUGAUUCCCGCGUGGCCGUGGACGCGCUGACAUGCUGCGGGGAGCUUCGCGUCAGAGCACACCGAGCCGAGGAUGAAAAUGCUCCGAUUCCGCAGUCCCAGCAUCCGCUCCUUGGACCAGGAGAUCCUGUGCACCAUCCGCCUGCUGGACGACUCCGAGAUCUCCUGCAGCAUCCAGAGAGACACCAAAGGCCAGUUCCUGCUUGACCAUGUGUGCAAUCACUACAACCUUCUCGAGAAGGACUACUUUGGUAUUCGCUAUGUGGAUCCGGAGAAACAGAGGCACUGGCUGGAGCCAAACAAAGCUGUGGUUCGGCAGAUGAAGUCUCUGCAGCCCUUCACCAUGUGCUUCAGGGUCAAGUUUUACCCCCACGAGCCCAUGAAGAUCAAGGAGGAGCUCACAAGGUAUCUGCUGUACCUCCAGCUGAAGAGAGACGUCUACCACGGCCGGCUCCUUUGUCCCUUUGUGGAAGCCGCCUUCCUGGGUGCAUGCAUCGUGCAGGCUGAGCUCGGCGACUACGACCCAGAGGAGCAUCCGUCAGACUACAUUAGAGACUUCAAGCUGUUCCCCAAACAGUCGCUCAAACUGGAGAGGAAGAUCAUGGAAAUACACAAGACUGAGCUCAGGGGUCAGUGUGCCGCCUUGGCAGAACUGAACAUGCUCCAAAGGGCUCACAACCUAGAAACAUAUGGCGUUGACCCUCACCCAUGCAAGGACUUCACGGGCUCCACAGCUUUUCUCGGGUUCACAGCGACGGGCUUUGUGGUCUUCCAGGGAAACAAGAGGAUCCAUCUUCUCAAAUGGGCCGACGUCAGUAAGCUGAAGUUUGAGGGGAAAACGUUUUAUGUCAUCGGCAUUCAAAAGGAGAUCUCCUUAACAGGCAGGAUUCACUGUAACAGGAUGAAGAAAUUGGUGUUGACGUUUCACACCUCGACUCCUGCAGCAUGUAAACACUUAUGGAAGUGCGGGGUGGAGAAUCAGGCCUUUUACAAAUGUGCAAAGUCAAGUCAGAUAAAGACGAUGUCGAGUAGCAACAUUUUCUUCAAGGGCAGCAGGUUCAGAUACAGUGGAAGAGUAGCCAAGGAGGUGAUAGAGGCCAGUUCUAAAAUCCAGAGAGAGCCACCUGAGGUGCGCAGAGCUCAGUUCGGCCAGAGCCGAAGCUUUAACUCUUUGAGUCAUAAGAACCUCAUCAUUAACAUGGAACCUCUGGUACCAGCGCUGCCCUCCACCACUGAGUACGAAGAGGCGGCCGUGGAAAACGGCACUGUAGCUAUGAAGGACUCGACGGCGUUGCCCCCCCUCAAACCGUCAACCACUCCCGCAGACUGCGAACAAACACAAAGCAUCGAUGGAGCCAACUCUGCGUCAGACCUGCCGUCUCCACGUGUUGCCAUGGAGACCUCCAAUAUCCGACCUCAGACGCCCAAAGCGGGAAGUGAAAUGGGGGAAGAUGACGAGGCCUCUGGAGCGCUAACCAUCUCUGAGCUUGUGUACAGCCCUUGUGCCAGCAUGCUGCCCACCCCAGUGGACGACAGCCAGGGAGGCGUCGACCUCCUCUUCUCCUCGCCAGUACAGAGCCCCGCCAGGCUGCUGAGGGAGCUCCAUGAUGACCCUGACAUCCAGGCCCAGCUGGAGGCCGAGUGGGAGCGCGACCGUGCCUACGAGCGCACCCGGCUGGCCGCGAGCAGGGGCGGCUUUCACGGGGUCCUGGGCGGCGGCCUUCGCCUGCUGUCAUCCAAUGAGAGGCUCAACGCUUGCGUGCUGAGCGUGGCCCGCUUUGUCGCCGUGCUCACAGGCGUCCUCUUGGUCACCGUGCCCACCUUGCUGCUGCUGCUGGAGUCCGACCUGGACGUGUCCUUCCUGCACGAGAUCCGACAAACGCCAGAGUUCGAGCAGUUCCACUACGAGUAUUACUGCCCUCUUCGCCGUUGGAUCAUGUGCAAGGUCAGCAUGGCCAUGGAGCACCUGUGGUCUGACUAAGAGGGUGAGGUGAGGACCACUUGGCAAAAAAAGGGAGGUGUCACUUCAGGGAAAAAAACAGAUGCCCAAAAGUCUGUCUUAACAUGUUAUUACAUCUUAUCGGUCUUAACUACUCUAUCAUAAGACAAACGCAAGACGGUCCUUCCCAGCAGAACCAUUUUUCUCUCCCAAUUCAGCACGAUCCCAUCACUUGUUAAGAUAGACGUUUGUGGCGGUCACCUGCAAAGAAAGAGGUCUGUCUGGGAAAAAGACAGACAUAUGGACCCCCUCUUCAAAGAGCAGCGCCUGAUUGGUCCCCGAGAACGUCAGUCACCGCAGAGUGGGUGGGAGUAGUGAUAGAUGGAGUCGUCACUGAAUGAAUACCGCACUCCUGAGUUGACUAUACAUAUAUAUAUAUAUAAAUAAUAAAACACGCAGAAAAGACACAUUGGUAAGUGAAGCCAGUCUUACGCAAGUUGUUUUUAAGGUUUUGUACAUUUUUACGUGACGCAGCUCUUUCAGGAAUUUUUUCAGUCAGAGGAUCUACUUUGAUCUUAUUUUGAAAAAAAAUUCAGAGUUUAUAAAAGAUGACAAAAAUUUACCCAACGGGAGAAAUUUCAGCUAUUUUGUAACGCCCGGGUACAGCACAAAUCUUUUACACGACCACGGCAGAUAUUUCAACUCUCUCUCAGACCAUGUGAUGUCAUUUGGGACAAAAACAGGCGGGCGACGUGUGUUUGUUUGUGGUGGUGAUGAAACAUGUUUGUGUUUUUGUCCAGUAGUUCAGUAUCUUCAAGUUACAAGUCAUAAAUGAAGUGGUAGACGAAGUGUUGAAGAACGGGAGCGGGAUGUAGGAAAAUGGAGCUAACGAGGGUUUUCCUGGAAAUUGAAGGGAAUGUAAACUGUGUAGGAGGCUUGACUGGCCGGGAUUAGAGCCUCUUUCACACAGAGAUGCCGCACAAUUGGCGCAUAACAGCCGUAACAUUUAUUUAUCUGUGCCUUUCACACAGAACCCUGCGGGAUAUAAGUGUGUGUGCUUUUCACACAGCAACAUCAUAUGUCAGCGCCAGUUGCUGUCAACACAACAGUGUCUGGUGUCAAAACCUCACACCCCUGUCCCGGCAUUGCGGAAUACCCUUUCACACAGGCAAUACCCUGCCUCUGUUACGGCGCUGAUAUGACCUCCAAAGCCUGAAAUUUGCCCGGGUCGACUUUGCCGACCCAUAGCACGUCAUCGGCCGGCCACACAGGAUAAAGGCGGCUUUUACAGUCUGUGUGAAAGGGGCUCAGGAUGUGUUAAGUUAGUGUUAUGUAUGUUUUUAAUAUUUGUGUAGUCCAGUGAUGUUUCUCGAAAGUCCAUUGGACGGUUUCUUUCUUGUAGAGGAGGUUUUAGCCCAGGGGUGUCCAAAAUGCAUUUUCAGGCCGCAGCUCAUUUUUUGUUGGUUUUGAGCACAUUUUGAAAAUGUCAUAUUCCAUCAUUGAUAAGAGAUAUCAUUUGAUUGGUUUUAGCGUCUUUAAAUGCACAAAGUGCAUCCCACAAUUUUUCUGUCGGAGGCCACUCAAUGGAAAAUGUUUGGGCACCCCUGUCUGCCUGUAGCUCUUUCCCACAACACUGUGUAAAAACAUACUGAGCAUCCUCUAUUAGUUAACGUAACAUCCUCUAACUAGUGGCCACGCACACACACAAAGGACCUGAGUCUGACACUCAAGCAAAAACCGAACCGCUUUGACGCACUUUUGGUAGCUUCCCGUUGUCGUUUGGUAUGCAAUGUCUUGCCUUUCUGCCCGUGUGAACGCCUUCUCAGGAAAUUAGCAUCAGCGGCUCCUGUUGCAACCAAACACAUCAAACCCUCGUGAAAAACACCUCAAAACUGCGUCCACUAAGCAUACCUGUCAACGUUUGCAUUCGGAAAUAAGGGAAGUUUUCCGGAAAAUAAGAGAAACUCCUUGUUUUUUUUAGAUAAAAGUUGAAAUACGGGAAACGGGGGGGUAGUAUCCCGGGAAUAAACGGGAGGGUUGACAGGUAUGCCAGUAAUACUGGCCCAGUUGUCACGUAUCAGGCUCAAGCACGGUUACAGACAUCUUUCCUCCCCUUGUCCCAGACUGGUCACUCACAUUACUGCAACUAUUCUGACUUUUGUGGCUUAUUGUGAUGAGACGACGGAGUACGAGGGCUUCAGCGAAAAGAAUUCCGCGAAAAAAGUUGUAAUUUUUCCAGAAUAAUUGCCAGAAUUCCCAGCUGUCUGAGAAGAAUUGAGUAAUAUCAUGAGAUAGCAUUGUUAAAACACUUCUGGUCCCAUGAUGGAACACACCCUCAUUUAUUCUUGUGAUAUUAGGACUGCUACCAUGUUAUUCCUGUAGUACCUCAUUGACUGUAUGGCAUGUCUACGUUGUGUGCACAUGCGUGUGCUCGUGUGGGAGCAAACGUAGCUGUGCCUAGUUCCUUCAACCAUGCUUAAGGCAAGGGAAGUGUGAUACCGUGCUUGAGCACAGCACGGUACAGAGCGCUUACACUCGUCAAACAAGCAUGCUUGAGCACGGUAUGGCUUGCUUUGUGCGAGGGAGUACUGUGCAGAAGUCUUCGGUCACCGUUAGAUGUGUUAUUUCAGCAAUUGUUAAAUAAACAUAGAAUAUGUACAGUAAUCCCUUAUUCAUGGCGGUUGAUUGGUUCCGGACUCGACCGUGAUAAGUACAUUUCCGCAAGGUAGGAUUCCUUCUUUAUAAAUGGAAUAUUCUGGUAGUUAUGGCAAAGAAAACCUGUUUACGAUCUUUUAAAUACGUUUUUAAACAUUAUUAGAGCCCUUUAAACAUGAAAUAAUACCCACAUAGUUACAUUCGCAACAGUAACCCGUGUUAUUAUAAUGAUUACUACCUCCACCAAGGAGUUAUGUCGUUGUCGGAAAUGGGAUAUGGAAGAACUGAUUACAUUUUGGGGGUGGUUACCGGGAAUUUUUUUAAAGGAUUCUUGAACAUUGCGAGGACCAUUUUUGGCAUUUGUGCAUAUAACUCCACAAUAGCAAAAUGGUCAGAGCACUUGGAAAAAAAAAUACAGGACAAGCCUCCAACAGGUUCAACACAAUAUCAAAGACUGAGCCAACUAAUGGAAUAAUUCCGGAUACUAUGAUCCAGAAUAUGCAAAAAUAGAACCGCGAUGUAGCGGGGGACGAUUGUAAUUGCCAUGUCACUAAAUAGAACCCAGACCUCCACCAAGGCCGAACUGUGAACAAAAGUAGGAAAUAUAAGUGGGCCACCAUGUUUAUGUUAGCCCACCUGUGUGUCAGCUAGCAGGCUACUUCCUGGCCCGAAAAGACGGGCAGUACCAUUAUGAUUCCGGGGGAUUAAUGCCGCGGCGACUGAAACAGUGACAGUAAAUUCAAUUUGGUGAUGAAAACGGGACAAAGUGUUUUUGAUCGGCACAGUCUAAUUAAAAUACCGAUAUUAAAAAAAUUUGAUUUUUUGUAGGCUACAGUGCUUAACAAAUAUCGUUGAGCACAACCCGUCCCUCCCGAAUGGAAAACUAAACACAGGAAGUGAACAAACUAUCAUUCCAUAUCAUUAUCAGUAAUCGAAAUGAAAAAGUCGUAGGAUUAAAUAUACUUUGUUCUUUUUAUACAAGUGCAGACCCGAUGUUCCUCAUAUCCGAAACAUGUUUAUGUUUCUAUAAUACACCAGUGUGUUAUAUAUUUAUAUGCUGAAAUAUACUUGUUAAUGUUAGCCGUCAUUUUUUUGCAUUCACUGUUUAAUUUUUCAAAAACAGUAAAAGCACAUCUUGACAUCCCUGUACAGACAUACAAAAUUACCUUUUUUCCUGGGCGAGAAAAGGGACUAUUUCGUUGUUUGAGUUUGUUCAAUAGAUAACUAACAUUUUUGUUCCAAGUUUUCUCGUCAGGUUGUCUUAAUACAUUUGUUAAGCACCGUCUGCACUCGUGAAAGUGCGUGCCAGUCCAGACUGAAACAAUAGCGCCUCUGCUGGCUGCAGCCAAGUAGUGCACUGCAUUAGCGCACUACAUUUCCUCACUUUUGUGAGGAACUACGCUAUACUUUUGUGAUAACAUCCAAGCUGGUGGUGACCUGAGACUUUUGCACAGCACUGUGAAUACACUGAUGUGUAUUUACUUCUGCACAAAUGCGACCAUUUUAUUUGCAAGGGUCCACAUGAAGGCUUCUGUAAUGCAUUCAGCGUGUCCACACAAGUCCUCCUGUCUUAGUCGGUCAACGGUUUCCUGCCGCAUUAUCAAUAUGCAGAAUAAAAGUGUGGCUCUUUAGACUUUUAAGCAGAGUUUAUGCAGAAACAAAGCAUUUAUUUCCCGUCACGGGGAAAAACACAUGCACUGAAACCAACAGAAGGGCCAAAACACGAUGACAGCAUCAUCACGACCCAGCCACCAUCGUCUACUCUCUUUCUGUCCGGCUUACAUUUUUGAAUGCAAAGCUAAUUCUCUUGUCGAUGUACAAACAUUUUUCUGUGCUAAACCUGCAUGUCGUGCCCUCAUUUGUAAAUACUGUUAAUAGAUGUGGCAAAAAGACAAAAAAAAGGGUAAAAUAAUGUCGCUUCCCUCUGUGUGUCCUGUCCUGGUUUUGCUUGUAGGCUUGGCUGUCUUCAUUAGAAUGCAUGUGCUUUGUCUUGACCAAGCAUUGACACCACCUCAUGAAGUACAUGCUAAAUUAACUCACACAUGGGUAAGUAAACAUUUUUAAAGUUAAUUUUACAGGAAUGUGAAGAGACUAUUUAAAAAAUAUAUAUAUCAUAGCAUCAUUGUGCUUUGGCUGUGUUGAAAUGCGAACAGCGCAUGCUAGCAAGGCAUGCUAACGUGUUGAGUGAGCUAGCGCCGUGUUCCGGUUCAUUCUCUCAGUUGAAAGGCAGCAAACGUGCAAAUUAGGUAUGAUUUUUUUUUUCUGCCUGUGGAGAUUAGCUUGAGAAUGAUAGGAGCGAAUGUGACCGAACAGCGACGAGGGCUCCCAGCCGGUGAUGUAGCAUUAGCUUAGCUUGUAGCUUUGCCUUUACGCUAAAGAUUUAGCCGUCAUUUUGGGCUGAGGUCAUGCGGGUGUCUUGUUUACUGGCGAGGGAAAGUUUUGUUGAAUGCUUUUUAAAAAAUAAAUUGUUUGAAAAACACUCGUUAUUGAUGUCAAACCGUAAAUUUGAUUGGGUGUCUUUCAAUUUAAGUAAUACUAUAAUCCUAAAAUGUUUAUGUCACCAAAUUGAUGAUAUAGUCAGAAUUUCAAACACAAAUUCGUUUACACCAGUCAAAGAUCAUCUAUAUAACAGGAGUGCUCUGCUGUUUCUAAUGUCCUGCUGCAAAAACUGGUGAAAGAUCCUCUAUAUGCCAGGGGCACUCUGCAAUAUAUAUACUGUAUAUAUUCUUUAUAUGACAAGAGCGCUAUGCUGUUUUUAAGGACGCAGUAGGUCCUUAAUUCCUUAAAACUACUACUACUACUACAAAGCAUUUUUGCUGUGGGUUCAUAAGAAGAGCAUACACUGUAUAGAGUAGCUUUGACUGGUGUAAACAUGUUGCUUGCGUUUUAAUGAACGACUAUGAUGAUCCAUUUGGUGAGUAAGUAAACAUUUGAAGGCACGACAGAGCCUUGCCUUGACGUUAGAGAGACCUCCGGCACCCCUGAUCCUUUUUCAGGACUUACCGCAAAAACGUUAGUCAACGAUCCUCUAUAUGACGGGAGUGUGCUGCAGUUUUUAAACACUUCCUCCAAAAACGCUCGUCAAAGAUCUCCUAGGUGACAGGAGUGCUCUGCUGGUUUUAGGAAUCCGCUGCAAAAAUGUUAGUCGCUCCCAAGGUUUGAAGUGAACUCAUAGGCCGGCCGGUCUGCGGUCAUUCCCGACAAGAUUUGGCCCGCGUGCCAGCAGUUGAUCGGCCUGAUGUAGGAUUUCUUCUUGAAAAUGAUACCUCAGGUGUUUGCAUUGGGCGUGGGAUUAGCGUGUACGUAAGGGAGGAAUAACCGAUUGGAUCAUUUCCACUAGAAUGUGUUAGCAUGUACAGUAAGUAGCACACUCCCUUGCACGGUCACUUUGUUCUUUUUGACGACUGGUGUCAAGCUGUUGUUAUUCUUUUUCGCUUCUAACUCUGGGGGAUUUUCAUUUCGCCCUCACCACCCUCUGGGACAACCAAGCCUUAUGAACUUUGUGAAGUGAAACAUUUGAAUGUUUGUAUGUUAUUUGAAGAAAAGAUGUAUUGUUUUAUAUGUUGAUACUGCCACAAUAAAGCUCCCUAAUCAAC